UUCAACCGGAAGUGAAAUGAUUCACAUCCGGGGUGAAGUUUUGUUUACGGCUGUCGGUCUGGAUGACGCACAGCUGAUGCUAAGAUUCGGAGCAGCAUCUGCUUCACUUAUCCCAAAUAUUCGGCUCACCAUUCAGCAUGGCUUCUCAGAUCCCCAUCACCGUCAGACCGCAGCCGGCAGCCCCGAGCUCUGCUGCUAACCGGGGGAAGAAACGUCCCGGUAGCCCGGGGGUCUCUGCCGCUCCACAGGCUGCAUUGAGCGGAAACAAGAAGAAGAAGGGCCAGCUGACAGCGACACCAGUAACUCAAACGCAGACAAUAGCAGCAGAGUUGGUGGCUGAGGUGAAGCCAGUAGGUACUGUUGACAGUGCACCCCCUGUCCCUGCAGAGCCAACAGCAAAGCCUCCACCUUUCAAAGACCCCAUAUUCAUGCAUUCUGGGAUUGGAGGAGCAGCAGCAGGUAAAAAGAACAGGACCUGGAAGAACCUCAAACAGAUUCUGGCUUUGGAACGAACUUUACCCUGGAAGCUUAAUGAUCCCAACUAUUACAACAUUGAUGCCCCUCCUUCCCUUUUGCCAACCAAGAAGUACUCUGACAUCUCUGGCCUCCCUGCAAACUACACAGACCCUCAGAGUAAACUACGCUUCACAUCCUCUGAGGAGUUCUCUUACAUCCGUCUUCUCCCCUCAGAUGUUGUCACCGGCUACUUGGCCCUGCGAAAGGCAACCUGCAUCGUACCCUGACAAUUGAGCAAAGCUUGACACCUGAAACAGGUGUUAACCAGACUUGAACUCAUAACCGUGAUGGAAGCUGUUGGGUCAAACAGCAGCUCCUGAGAGCGCAUGCUGCUCGCACAGAAGCUACCCAGGUGGAGGUCACUGUGAUAGGAAAGCAGCAGGAGCUCACGGUGUAGCGACUGCUCCACAUUUGCACGCCAUUUUUUAGAGGGCAAUUCAAUAAUUGCAACUGUUUGACAAAUAAAUAGUUCAAAUGUG